AUGUCACCGUCUGCUACAGGCGCAAAACCCAGAGUCCUAGCCUUCAGCUAUCCCGCAUACACGAGCGAGGAAUAUUUAGCCGACUUCAAGUCAAAAUAUGAUUUCCAUGUCCUUAAAUCCCCAGGCCGCGCAGGCGCCAUCCCCGAAAUUGCCGAGCUCGUCGCUUGCAAGGGGCCUUUUGACGCUGUCAUGGUGCGAAUGGGCACUCUGCCAUUCGAGCCAUUCGAUGAGGAGCUCCUAGGGCCCCUGGCGCCGCAUUGCAAAAUCAUAGCCUCGGGCUCUGCGGGUUACAACGAGUUCGACGUCGAUUGGAUGACGCGCAGCAAGAUCUGGUUCUGCAAUACCCGCAAUGCAGUGUCUGAGGCCACGGCGGAUAUGAGUAUGUUCCUGAUCCUGGCUGUGUUGAAGAAUGCAACGGUGGCGGAGAGGUCGGCUAGGGAGGGACGGUGGAAGGAUGGGCUUGUGCCGACGAAGGAUCCUAGAGGUUUGACGUUGGGGAUUGUGGGAAUGGGGAGUAUAGGGAAGCACCUCGCCCGCAAAGCGCUAGCCUUCAAUUUGAAGAUAAAAUAUUACAACCGCACCCAACUCCCCGCAGACGUUGAGGCUCAAUAUUCCGCCACAUAUUGCGCCUCUCUCGACGAGCUCCUCUCCGUCUCCGACAUCGUUUCCAUAAACUGUCCCCUGAACGCCGCCACUACAGGCCUAAUCGGGCGCAAAGAGUUCGGUAAAAUGAAGGAUGGCGUGUUCUUCAUUAACACCGCCCGUGGAAUGAUCGUUGACGAAGGUGCGCUUAUCGAUGCCCUGGAGUCGGGCAAAGUGAAGAUGGCCGGGCUGGACGUCUUUCCCAACGAGCCGGAGAUUAACUUGUCCGAGAUGGAAUGUUUUGAAAACAUCAAGGCCUGUUUAUCCACGGGAGCAGCACUGGCGCCAGUUAACUUUGUGGAGAGAUAG